CGGGCAAGCGGCUCCGCGCGGCCACGGCGGCGGUCUUCGCCGGCGACGGCGCCGCGGCGCUCCGCGAGGACCGCGCGGCCGCGGCGCUCCGCGUCCUCGCGGAGGCCGCGGGCGUCGACCUCGCCGCGGCGGAGAAGCACCGGCUCUGGCGCUGGUCCGCGGAGCCCCGGGGCUGGCCCCGCGCCGCCGCGGACGCGGAGGCCGUCGCCGCGUUCCUCGCCGCCGCGCGCUCGACCGCGUCGCUCGCGGGCGCGCCGGCGGCCGCGACGCUCGCGGGGGCCGCGGCGGCCCUCGCGGCGACGGCCGGCGACGCGGCCGGGCGCCGCGAGGCCUGCGACGCCCUCGCGACGGCCGCCUGGGCCCGCGCGGCGGGCCGGCCGUUCCCCGCGGCCGCCGUCUUCGGCCGAUUGGCCGCGCGGUGGGCGGCCGCGCGGCGCGCCGCGGCCGAGGCCUGGGCGGACCGCGCCGUGGACCUGAGCCCCGGCGACGGCGACGGCGACGGCGACGACCCCGCCGCCGCGAUGGACGACGACGGCGCGGACCGCUCGAUCGUGCUCUGGGCCGCGGACGACGACGGCGCGGGCGGCCCGACGGCGCUCGACGGCUGGGCCGCGCUCCAGUGCUGCCAGCUCUGGGACCCGUCCCUGGCCCGCGACGAGUGCGCCGUCGUCGCCCUGCUCGCGGACGCCGACGCGGGGCGGGCCGCGGGCGGCGACCUCGGGCCGCGGCUCGAGCGGCUCGCGGCGGGGCUCUGCGCGCGGUCCGCGCGGCCGCCGACGGACGCGGCGCCCUACGCCUACGUCGCCUGGGCGCGCGCCGCGGGCCCCGAAGCGCUGCGCGACGCCGUGCGCGUGUCGCUGCCCGGCGUCGUCGCCGCGUGGGCCGCCGCGGCCCUCGGCCGCCGCGGCGCGGGCGCCGUCGACGCCGCGGCGCGCGCGUUCGCGCUCGCGCCGCCCCCCGGCGCGGCCUUCGAGUGCGGCGGCGACGCGGACUGCGCC